AUGAAUGGGUUGUGGAAGAAGUGUAUGAUUGUUAGGGUCUUGGGGAGAAACGUUGCGAUCUCUGCAGUGAAUAGGAAGUUACGGGAACUAUGGAAUCCGAAGGGGAGAAUGUAUGUGAUGGAUCUACCCAGGCAGUUCUUCAUGGUUCGCUUUGAAAGGGAAGAGGAGUAUCUGGCAGCAUUGACAGGAGGACCAUGGAGGGCCUUUGGUAGUUACCUCAUGGUGCGAGCGUGGUCACCAGAGUUUGAUCCAUUAAAAGAUAACAUUGCUACAACACCGGUUUGGAUCAGAUUAACGAAUAUCCCGGUAAAUUUUUACCAUCGAUCGAUUCUUAUGGGAAUUGCUAAGGGUCUAGGUAAGCCAAUUCGUGUGGAUCCAACUACGUUGAACUUUGAAAGAGCGCGGUUCGCGAGAAUUUGCGUUGAGGUUAAUCUAGCAAAACCUUUGAAGGGGACCGUCCUAAUAAAUGGAGACAGGUACUUCGUUUCUUAUGAGGGACUAACUGAGAUUUGCUCCAAAUGUGGGGUAUACGGGCAUUUAGUGCAUGGAUGUCCAAGAACGAUUGCGGAACGAAUGGCCAUUUCAAUGACUUUAACGGAGGUGUCAGCACAAGUUAAACAAACGACCGCUCAAGUCCCACAACCGCAGGAUGAUGGCUUUAUUCAAGCACGAGGAUCGAGAAGAGGAGCACAAGCGUUGCCUCGGUCGUCUACUGGCAUGACAGGAAAAAGUUCGAAAGGAGAGACUGACAUAUCCAAUAGUGAGAUGAAAGAAACUAAGAAGAUUGUGUUAUCGAACAAGUAUGGAAGCCUUGAUAUAGACAGAAAAAUGGGGGAAGUAGGAGAUGAUGUUAGCCCGGGUGAGGAGGAUAGGGAGAGUCAGAAGAUGAAUAUCAAGGAUAAUAAGGGUAAGGGAGUCUUGCAAGAGAAGGGAAGCAUUGUUUUUGGCGGGACUACAAGUGUACCAUCUGUUUCGAAGUGGGAGACUAAGGAGAGAUGGAUGGGCAAUAAAAAUACGAUGGAGGGAGCAAGAGGCAAGUUGAAGAAGAUUAACAACAGACCGGUAAGAGGUUUGAUCUUUGGGCCAACGAAGGGGGAAAUAAACCUAUCAGAGUCUGGGAAAAGACUGAGAGUAGAAAAUAACAAUGUAGGGAGACAAGGUGGAGCAUUCAGAGAUAACAUGGAGAAAGCUAAGGCUGUGCCUAAGACCCCUCAGUUGUGUGAUGAGGAAUUGGAGAAUCCAAGGGAUGGUAGUAUCAGCGAAGCAGAGCAGCGAACAUCUGGUACACAGACGAACCUACAGGAAGAUGGGAGAGUGUUAUCUCUCGCAUAA